AUUUCCUGACAGGUAGGGCUCGUACUCGCAGGCGAGCUUGUGACUUCGUCCUCUUCUCAGCUUCUUCAUUUUUCUAUCGUGACUGCAGGAUUCUCUUCUCAGCAGCGCACCGUCUUCUUCACCCUCUCCUCAGUUUCAGGUACCAUCGGAACUUUUGGCUAUUUCGCAUCUGUUGAAUCGCGUAGCUGAGGAAGAGGUAUUGUCGAUGCAACAGAAAAUGAAGCUUAGACAUGCUAUGGUUUGUUCUUCAAACCAGAACCGAAGCAUGGAAGCUCAUUCACUCCUUAAAAGAGAAGGAUUUGAUGUUUGUUCAUAUGGAACUGGGGCCCACGUGAAGCUUCCCGGACCUUCUUUAAGGGAACCAAAUGUCUAUGAGUUUGGGACACCUUACAAGCAAAUGUUUGAUGACCUGAGGCGCAAAGACCCUGAAUUAUACAAGCGCAAUGGCAUCCUGCCCAUGCUUAGAAGGAAUUCCAGUGUCAAGUUAGCUCCUCAACGUUGGCAAGAAAAUGCUUCCGAUGGUACCUUCGAUGUAGUGUUGACAUUUGAGGAAAAGGUGUUUGAUAUGGUUCUUGAAGAUCUUCAUAACCGUGAUGGUUUGCUCAUGAAACCUGUUCUGGUGAUCAAUUUGGAUGUGAAAGAUAACCAUGAAGAGGCAGCUAUAGGUGGAAGGCUUGCACUUGACCUAUGCCAAGAGCUAGAGGCUGUCGAUUCUUGGGAGGACAAGAUUGAUGACAUUCUUGCUGCAUUUGAGAGACAACAUAGACGAAAGCUGCUGUAUAGUAUCGCCUUCUAUUGAUGCAUUGGGAAAUGCUCCUUCAGCAAUUUUGUACAUUUUAAUCAAGUAGCAGAUGGCAGUAGCACAUAGGAUUGCUCAAGUGACCUUGACAGGACCAAGUGUGGUCGAGGAUAAUUAUUGGUCUCUCGCUUGGCCUGGCUGCUGGUGGUCUCUGGAAGAUGCAUCACUGGAAUGAACAGAGGAAAGCUAGAGCAUUUUAAUUUUUACAUCACGUUAGAAGAACUUUUAAGUGUCGUAGUAGAGUAAUGACGAAACACACACACACACACACACUCUCUCUGUGCUGUAUGGUUUACAUCAACCUCAUAUUAGGAUGUGUCUCAGGCUGGUUCAAAUCAUAAGCUCUACUGCAUGGUUUACAUCAUUUUGUGUGUGUGCAAACUGUGCUGUAUUAUCAUAUUCUCUUUCUUCUUCAAAUCAUAAGCUCUGCUGCA